UUCUGACCACCCAAAACGCAAACCCUUCCCUUAGCCUUUUUCCUUCUCUCUCACACACACAGCUUCUCUCUUUCUCUUCUUUCUCUCUCCUAUUCUUCUUCUUCUUCUUCUUCUUUCUCUGCAACAGUUUCACCAUUCUCCCCAAACCCCUAGAUUUUCUCAUACAAUCCCUUCUCUUCUCUUCAGCUUCUCUCUGCAAAUCACUUCUUCCCCAAACCCCCAAUCCUGCCUUUCCUUUCGAUCUCCCACUCUUAUUCAUCCGCCCACCCCCCCUCAUGGCCGACGGCAAGUUCGAUCUCCCCGACGAUCUUCUUUCCUCUCGCCCUUCUGAUCACUCCUGGACCCCCAAAGCUUCUGGAGGGAAUGAUGAGGAGAAGGUGCUCUCGGGUUUCCUUGAUGAGUCUAAAGACUCUGUGGCUUCAGAGAACAGCAUACCUUUGUCCCCUCAAUGGCUAUAUGCCAAACCAAGUGAAACUAAGGAAGUGCGUGCUCCAACACCAGUAUCUCUUGCUAACUCAACUGAUCUCAAUCAGAAAGAGGGUUGGCGCCCUGAUGGGUCUGAGGACAAGAAGGAUUGGAGGAAGAGUACAUCUGAAAAUGAAAGUGGCCGCCGUUGGAGAGAGGAAGAGCGAGAAACUGGCUUACUUAGUGGUCGCCGCAGGAAAACUGAGAGACGCAUGGAUAACAUGUCAACUAAGGAGACAUUGGAGGGUAGAGUCCUCCCUAAUUCGGACAGAUGGCACGAUGGUCGCACUUCUGGGCAUGAUAGUCGCACUUCUGGUCAUGACAGUCGUACUUCUGGACAUGAUAACCGUACUUCUGGGCAUGACAGUCGUACUUCUAGUCAUGAUGCACGGCGUGACAACAAAUGGACGUUGAGAUGGGGGCCCGAUGACAAAGAAAAGGAAUCACGGAUGGACAAGCGAUCAGAUGCUGAUAAGGAAGAUGUUCGCAGUGACAGUCAAUCAGUGAGUAGUAAUCGCCCUGCUUCUGAGCGUGAAUCUGAAUCGCGUGAUAAAUGGAGGCCUCGCCAUAGGAUGGAAAGCCAUUCUGCUGGCGCAACUUCCUUUCGUGCUGCACCCGGAUUUUCACUUGAGAGAGGGCGGGGAGAUGGGGGGUCUAAUUUGGGAUUUACAAUUGGAAGAGGAAGAGGAAAUACCAUUGGGAGAUCGUCUACUGGUCUCAUUGGAGUACCACACUUGGAUAAGAUUGAAAAUGUUCCUGGGAAACCAAGAUACUCAUCUCAUGCUUUUUGUUACCCUAGGGGUAAGCUUCUCGACAUAUAUAGGAGGCAGAAAUCUGAUCCAUCGUUCUCGGAUAUGCCUGAUGAUAUGGAAGAAUUGCAGCCUUUGACUCAACCUAGUGUUGUAGAACCAUUGGCUUUUGUUUCUCCGGAUGCUGAAGAGGAGAGUACCCUUGGUGACAUGUGGAAGGGGAAAAUCACCAGUAGCGGGGUUGUUUACAAUUCACAUACGAAGGGGAAGCCUACUGAAUCUGUUUUAGGAGAUGUAGACUCCAUAGAUGGAUAUCAGGCUGCGCUGGAUUUGACUUUAGAGUCCGAGAAUAUAGCAGAAACUCCAAUUGAAGAUAUUUCUGAUGUGGGUCAUGAAGUUACAAAUGAUGAAGCAUUCCAAGAUGCCAUUGACGGGAGCAUUUGGAGUCAUCCUUCAAUGAGAGAUGUCCUAGAUGGAAAAUAUGUGAGCCAUAAGGAAGAGGAAAUAAGGUCUAGUGCCAUUUCUAUGCCAGACUCUCGUGGAUUGGCCCACACAGUUUCUACAGCAGCCUCGCUACGUGUGAUGGAGAUUGGCAGUGGGCUACCUGGUACUCAGCUAAAUGCAGAUUCUGAUCAUAAAAGGCCUCAGAACUUUGAUGAAAUUGAGUUUGCCAAUUCGUUUGAUGUCAAAUCCAAGCUUUCUGAUGAUCCUAGUUCUAUUUUCUUUAUUCCCUUCUCUGAGCAAAAUCCAAACAGAAGUUCUGAUGUGAAAUCUGAGGAGCUGAGUUUGUUCUAUCUUGAUCCUCAAGGGGUUAUACAGGGGCCUUUUAUUGGGGCUGACAUCAUCUUGUGGUAUGAACAAGGUUUCUUUGGGUUAGACCUGCCUGUUCGGUUGGCAGAUGCCCCUGAGUCCCCAUUUUGUGAGUUGGGGGAGGUUAUGCCACAUUUGAAAGUUAGAGAGGGAAGUGUUGAUUGUGCUGAUGGGAAAUCUCUUUCAGGCCAGUCUGGUGCCUCAGGAGGAAUAAUAGAGACCAGUUUACCUUCUAAGCAUCCGGCACUUGAUAUGAAUGAUGCGUCUACAACAAAUGAGGUUCAUCGAACACUCGCUGAAUUACGUAGCCUGUCCAAUCAACACAUAGCAUCUGGAAUGUCUGAAGCUGAAGCACCAUUUCAAUUGCAUGCCAAGGGUCAAAGCUUUCAUGAUGUUGUUGCUCAGGAUGAAGAAAUUGUGUUUUCUGGAAGACCUGGAAACGAUGGUUACCAAUUUCCCAACUCUCCUGGGGUGCUGCCUAUGGUGAAUUCUAUCAGCCAGCCUUCUCUUUUGAAUGAGUUAAGUGAUCGCAGCCUGCCUGUUCAGAAUGAAAAUAAGUUGCACCCUUUUGGAUUGCUGUGGUCUGAGUUGGAAGGUACAAAUAUGAAACCAGUUGAAGUCACAAAUUCGAAACAUACCAAGUCAGUUAAUAACAUGCCUUCAAGUAUGGUAAGAACCACAUCGUUAGUUGGGAAGCCGGAAGUACCUCUUAAUGCAGAGACUUGGCUUGAUGUAUACAGAAGAAGUAUGCAUUCUGACCAGGGUGUAUACCAGGAGGCCAAUGUUGCUCAUUCCUUGCCACAUAUAGAACAAGAAUCUAAUAGGUUUGAUUUGGCAGAUCAACUCAUGUCCCACCAAUAUCAUCAGGCACUUCAACAGCGGAAUUUAUUGUCUCACACUAACGAAGCUACUUUAGAUCAUCAUAUGCAACAACAGAAUCUUAUUCACCAGCAGCAGCUGUUGGCUAAUAGAAGUACACCCGAUCUUGAUCAUUUCUUGAACCUGCAGAUGCAACAGCAACAACAACGGCAGCUGCAGUUACAGCAUCAGUUACAGCAGCAGCAGUUGCAGCAGCAGCAAAAGCUUUUGCAGGAACAACAUCAGUCUCAAGUCCAGCAGGCACUGCUUGAACAGUUGUUGCGUCGACAAAUGCAUGAUUCGGGCCUUGGGCAGUCACGUAUUGAUCCAAUUAGAGCCAAUAAUGCUCUUGAUCAGGUGUUAAUGGAGCAACAUCUUUUACAUGAGCUACAGCAGCAACAAUCUCAUCAUCAACAAAGAUCUGUUGAUCCAUCUUUCGAGCAGCUUAUCAAAGCAAAGUUUGGUCACUUGCCACCACACCAAGAACAAAGAGAUUUGUCUGAAUUAUUAUCUCGGGUUCAGCAUGGGCACAUUCAAUCAUUGGAUAAUCAACUUGCCCACCAGGAUGUGCUACAGUCGAGACAAUUGUCUAUGGCAUUAAGGCAGAGGGCCAGUAUGGAGGACAAGAGACAUGUUUGUGGUCCUAUCUGGCCAGAGGAUGAGGCCGAUCAGCAGUUUUUCAGAGGACAUGCUGGCACACAACGUUUACCAACGUCAGGAUUUGAAUUAUACCAGCAUCAACAGAGGCAAGCUCAUGCAGACCAGUUGAAUCACCUUGAGCACAACCUUUCCUUUCAAGAUCGGUUUAGGCUAGGUCUUUAUGAGCCUGCUUCACUUCCACUCGAGAGAUCAAUAUCCUAUCCUGACGUUGCUCAGGGGAUGAAUCUGGAUGUAGUUAAUGCUAUGGCUCGUGCUCGGGCUUUAGAAUUGCAAGAAUCCAGUGCACAUAAUCCACCUGGCGGUCAACUGGUGGGGCAAUAUGCACCUGGUGCCAUUCCACAGAAUCAUCAUCACUCUCUAGUCAGUAACCAGUUUCAUGUUUCACAUUUCGAUGGAGCUGAAGGCAACUGGUCUGAGAAAAAUGAGCGACUUGGAAAUGAAUGGAUGGAGUCUCGGAUUCAACAAAGGCAUAUCAAUAUCAACGCUGAGCAACAGAAAAGGGAGUUGGAGGCUAAAAUGAUUUCUGAGGAUCCAACUUUAUGGAUGUCAGAUGGACUUAAUGAUGAGAAGUCAAAGCAGUUAUUAAUGGACCUACUCAAUCAGAAAUCUGUUCAUCAACCCACAGAACCCCUGGAUGUAGGAAGUGGAGCAUCUUUCAAUAGAGGAUCAUCUGGCCUCUAUUCUGGAUCAGGCUCUCUUGAACAGUCGUUCGUUCUUCAUUCAGGCAAGGAAAGAGGUAUGAACAACACAUUGCCAGUGGGGUCUUAUGGUUCUAAUGCUUAUGAACCACUGCAAGAUGAGCAUCCUGGCAACUUGAGCUUGACAAGCAAUGAGAAGGUCCCAUACAGGUCGGAUUCUGUAUCUGCUGUCAAGGGAGCAUCGAUUUUGUCUGGUCUUAAAGCCAAUGGUUCAAUUAACAGCUCUAGUUCUAGCAUGGCUACCGCUGGUAACCUUUCUAUGACUAGAGACGUCUUGGAGGUGGAGGGUAGGGCACGAGGAUUGAAAGGUGAGGGUUUGGUGAAAACUCAAGCCUUUCAAAUUCAAGAAAGCAUGCUUGACCUAGUAGCAUCUGGUGAUCGUGGGGAAUUUGCAAUGGAUACUCAUACCCUUAGUCGGCAUUCGUCUCUUGGUUCUGCUGGCUUUCACAAUGAAAAAAUUGCUAAUACGUUUCCAGAAGAGGUUGCUAAAGACCCGGUGACCAUUCACAACAAAGAUAGUACUUCGUUGAAACGCCCUCCUGUCUCACGCACUUCGGCAUCCCAGGAUGGAUUGUCUGUCCUGAUUCCUGAUCCGGUUGUUAGAGGAAAGAACUCAGAUGGUGGAAGACCGGACCCAACUAGUAUCUUGGUGAACCAAGAAAACAUGGCAGCCAUGAAGAAAGAGAUGCGUUUCCGGCGCUCUUCUUCUUGUAGUGACAGCGACGUGUCAGAGACUUCUUUUAUCGAUAUGCUGAAGAAGACAGCUCCACAAGAAUCCCAUUUGACAACGGCGGGAGUUCCAGAGCCAUCUGAUGGAAUGCAGGGAGGGAAAGGUGGGAAAAAGAAAGGGAAGAAGGGGAGACAGAUAGAUCCCGCACUACUCGGAUUCAAAGUCACCAGCAACCGAAUUAUGAUGGGUGAAAUCCAACGCUUAGACGAUUGAUCCAUUAGGCAAGAUAUAGAACAGAAAUUGAUUUUUUUUUUCCAAUCAUUUUUGUAGAUUGUGCAGUUAUUUGUUUUCGUGUUUGUUUAACCCUCUUGUAAGUUGUUGUAUAUAGGUUUCUUAGAGUUGUCAGCUGCGUUGAAACAUGUGGCCGGUAUAUGUAUUCCAAUUCUUUUCUUUUUUCCCGCAGUUGUAAAUGAUCAAAUUUGAGUUGGUCAAAUUACCAAACCUUUGUACAGGAACUUCGAAGAGAGUUGAAAUUUUAUUCUUUUUCUUUUUUGUUC